AGGCGCGGGAAGCAACGCAUGCUGGGAGUUGGAGUCCAGAAGCGGGCCCCGCCCAGUUCACGGACGGAAAUAGCUUCGGGCUCCGCCCAUCCGCCCGAACUCCUCGCUUUCGCCCAAUCCUCGCAGCCCUUAGAGAGCCAACCAUCGUCAGUCUCGACGUUUUCCCGCGAAAGGUGCUUACUAAUAGCCUGUAAAAGGAACGGGCGAACCUCGGGGUAAGCUAUAGUUGUGCGACACGGUUCCUAGCUUGACGCUUUUUGCCGGAAGAGCGCUGGUGCGGUUCUGGGAUUCAGCGCGUGAGACAAGAUGCUCAAGUCCAAGACUUUCUUAAAAAAGACGCGGGCGGGCGGCGUGAUGAAGAUCGUGCGCGAGCACUACCUGCGGGACGACAUCGGCUGCGGUGCGCCAGGGUGCGCGGCGUGCGGCGGUGCGCAUGAGGGGCCGGUCCUCGAGCCCCAGCCCUUGGACCCGGCGAGCAGCCUCUGCCCGCAGCCGCACUACUUACUGCCUGACACCAACGUUCUGCUGCACCAGAUUGAUGUUCUCGAGGAUCCUGCCAUCAGGAAUGUAAUUGUGUUGCAAACAGUUCUCCAAGAAGUGAGAAAUCGGAGUGCUCCGGUAUAUAAACGAAUCCGAGAUGUGACUAAUAACCAGGAGAAGCAUUUCUAUACCUUCACUAAUGAGCACCAUAGGGAAACUUAUGUCGAGCAAGAACAGGGAGAAAAUGCUAAUGACAGGAAUGAUAGAGCCAUUCGAGUAGCAGCAAAAUGGUACAAUGAACAUUUGAAGAAAAUGUCAGCAGAGAAUCAGCUGCAAGUUAUCUUCAUAACAAAUGACAGGAAGAACAAAGAGAAAGCCAUAGAAGAAGGAAUACCAGCUUUCACUUGUGAAGAAUACGUCAAGAGCCUAACUGCGAACCCCGAACUCAUAGAUCGUCUUGCUUGUUUGUCUGAAGAAGGGAAUGAAAUAGAAAGUGGAAAAAUAAUAUUUUCAGAGCAUCUUCCCUUAAGUAAGCUACAACAAGGCAUAAAAUCUGGUACAUACCUUCAAGGAACAUUUAGAGCCAGCAGGGAAAAUUACUUAGAAGCUACAGUAUGGGUUCAUGGAGACACUGAAGAAAAUAAAGAGAUAAUCUUACAAGGACUUAAAAAUUUAAACCGAGCUAUUCAUGAAGAUAUUGUGGCUGUGGAGCUUCUCCCCAAGAAUCAGUGGGUAGCACCAUCUUCUGUGGUUUUACAUGAUGAAGGCCAAAAUGAAGAUGAUGUGGAGAAAGAAGAGGAGAGAGCACGCAUUCUUAAGACUGCUGUAAAUGAAAAAAUGUUAAAGCCUACAGGUAGAGUUGUUGGAAUAAUAAAAAGGAAUUGGAGGCCAUAUUGUGGCAUGCUUUCUAAAUCUGAUAUUAAGGAGUCAAGAAGACAUCUCUUUACACCUGCUGAUAAGAGAAUCCCUAGAAUUCGGAUUGAAACCAGACAGGCUUCUACAUUAGAAGGACGGAGAAUUAUUGUUGCUGUUGAUGGUUGGCCCAGAAAUUCCAGAUAUCCAAACGGACACUUUGUAAAAAAUUUAGGGGAAGUUGGAGAUAAAGAGACGGAAACAGAAGUUUUGUUACUUGAGCAUGAUGUUCCCCAUCAGCCUUUUUCACAGGCUGUUCUUAGCUUUCUACCAAAGAUGCCGUGGAGCAUUACUGAACAGGACAUGAAAAAUCGAGAAGACCUGAGACAUCUGUGUGUUUGUAGUGUGGACCCACCAGGAUGUACUGAUAUAGAUGAUGCUCUACAUUGUAGAGAACUUGAAAAUGGAAAUUUGGAGGUUGGUGUUCAUAUUGCUGAUGUUAGCCAUUUCAUUAGGCCAGGAAAUGCUUUAGACCAAGAAUCAGCCAGAAGGGGAACAACUGUGUAUCUUUGUGAGAAGAGGAUUGACAUGGUUCCGGAGUUGCUUAGCUCUAACUUAUGUUCCUUAAGAUGUAACGUUGACAGGUUGGCAUUUUCAUGUAUUUGGGAAAUGAAUCGUAAAGCUGAAAUCUUAAAAACGAGGUUUACCAAAAGUGCCAUUAAUUCAAAGGCUUCCCUUACAUAUGCUGAAGCUCAGAUGAGAAUUGAUUCAGCAGCCAUGAAUGAUGAUAUUACCACCAGUCUCCGUAGACUAAAUAAACUAGCUAAAAUCUUGAAAAAAAGAAGAAUCGAAAAAGGGGCUUUGACUCUUUCUUCUCCAGAAGUUCGAUUCCACAUGGACAGUGAAACUCAUGAUCCUAUAGAUCUGCAGACCAAGGAACUUAGAGAAACAAAUUCCAUGGUAGAAGAAUUUAUGUUACUUGCCAAUAUCUCUGUUGCAAAAAAAAUUCAUGAAGAAUUUUCUGAACAUGCUCUGCUUCGAAAACAUCCUGCUCCUCCUCCAUCAAAUUAUGAAAUUCUUAUUAAGGCAGCUAAAUCCAAGAAUUUGGAAAUUAAAACUGAUACAGCCAAGUCGUUGGCCGACUCUUUGGACCGGGCUGAUUCUCCUAGUUUCCCGUAUCUAAACACUCUAUUAAGAAUAUUAGCCACUCGCUGUAUGAUGCAAGCUGUAUACUUCUGCUCUGGAAUGGAUAAUGAUUUUCAUCACUAUGGCUUAGCAUCACCGAUAUACACACAUUUUACUUCGCCCAUCAGAAGAUAUGCAGACAUCAUUGUUCACCGGUUGUUGGCUGUGGCUAUCAGGGCUGACUGCACUUAUCCAGAGUUGACAGACAAACACAAGCUUGCAGAUUUAUGUAAAAAUCUCAAUUUCCGGCACAAAAUGGCUCAAUAUGCCCAACGUGCAUCAGUGGCUUUUCAUACCCAGUUAUUUUUCAAAAGCAAAGGAAUAGUAAGCGAAGAAGCCUAUAUUCUGUUCGUAAGAAAGAAUGCGAUUGUGGUGUUAAUUCCAAAGUAUGGUUUAGAAGGUACAGUCUUUUUUGAAGAAAAGGAUAAACCAAAGCCACGGCUUUUUUAUGAUGAUGAGAUACCUUCACUUAAAAUAGAGGAUACAGUGUUCCAUAUAUUUGAUAAAGUUAAAGUGAAAAUCAUGUUAGACUCAUCUAAUCUUCAGCAUCAGAAAAUCCGAAUGUCCCUGGUAGAACCACAGAUACCAGGAAUAAGCAUUCCCACUGAUGCCUCAAACAUGGACAUUAAUGAACCAGAGAGAAAGAAGAAGAAGAUUGAAAAAUAGCUACAGUCAAAAAAUAAACUUCAAAGAUUGGUUUCCUUUUAAAAAAAAAUUGAAAGACACUUCUAAAUCUAAGAAGUGUGUGAUACAGUUUGUUACUUUUAAGUACAUUUUAAUAAUUUUAAAAAUUUGCAUUUUUAUUGAACUGUUGACUGUCCCAUCAUACUACUUCAUUUCUGGAUUGAACAGAACUAUUUAUGCAGAAAAAUUCAAUUGAAUAUCCAUCACUUAAAUAGUGACAGGAUAGCAACUUCAGGGAUCUGUAAAGAUCAUUUAAAGGGAGCAUUCAUUUGCUCAUUGAAGAGCAGAUUAAUUUUGCAUAAGUAAUUUGAUUAUUUAAUAUUGAUAGAAAAAAUCCGUCAUUUUCCUAUGGAGAAAAAUCGAACAUUUUUAGAAGCAAGUAACAGUCUACUCUCUAAAUCUUGAAAGCUGUCAGUGUUUGGUAUGGCAAUUUUUAGAUUUCAAGACAGUGAAGUCAAAAUCUGUCAGGGAAUUCAAUAUUUAAUCUCCCUCGCCAUCUUUAAUUUAUCUAACUUUUUUAAGUGUUCCCUUAUUGUUAAAAAGCCUCCUGCAUUUUAUUAGUGGUCCUUGAACAGCUGUGAAUGUUUAGGAAUUGGAUGUUGUAGGAAGGUGAGAAGUAGGAUAUUUUGAUCUGACUGGAAAAAUAGUUUUUGGUAUACCAGGUAAUAAGUGUGAUCAUCAUGUUUGACUGUCAGCUCAAAUAUCUCCCCCAAAAUAAGGCAUUAGGGCUCAAAGAAAUAAUAGAGAUGGUACUUUAAAUGUCACAUCAUGUUACUUAUAAAAUAAAAAGUAGGUAAUUAAUGACUUUUAAACUAUGUAUGUAUCAGAUUAUAUAGGAAAGGGGGGACUGUAUAAGGACAUAUUAAAAGGAACAGAUUGGAGUAUUACAAUUUGGUGUGCCGGUGACUACUUCCCUUGUUAACCACAAAGAUUAGCGAUGAUUAAAUUGGUGUUUUCGAG